UUUUGGGCCAUAGAUUAUCUUCCUUCUAAUACCCUCCUUAAACCCCAAAUCAAACAUCCACAGCCAACCUCAUACAUACGACGUCGGUUUAGCGUAUAAUAAUGAAUGCUCCAUCACCCCACCACGAAGACGAUGAACAUGAAGAGGAUGUCUUCAUAGAUGAAAGUGAUAUCAUUCAAGAAAUCAACGUUGAUGAAGAAGAGCUUGUUGAUGCUGAUGAAGAUGAUGAUGAAGAACAAGAAGGAGAAGGAUUCAUAGAUGAAGCUGAUGAUUCCCUUCAUACAUUCACAGGCCAUACUGGUGAACUAUACACCGUUACCUGCAGCCCAACAGAUGCUAGUUUGGUGGUAACAGGUGGUGGAGAUGAUAGAGGAUUUAUGUGGAGGAUUGGUCAAGGUGACUUUGCUUUUGAGUUGCAAGGUCACACAGAUUCUGUAUCUAGUUUGGCUUUUAGUACUGAUGGUCAGUUGCUUGCUUCUGGGAGCCUUGAUGGGAAUAUAAGAGUGUGGGACAUAACUUCAGGUAGUCUGAAGGGCACACUUGAUGGUCCUGAAAAGGGAAUAGAGUGGGUCAGGUGGCAUCCGAGAGGACAUGUCGUGUUGGCAGGUUCAGAGGAUUCCUCUGUUUGGAUGUGGAAUGCUGAUAACAGUGCUUUCAUGAACACGUUUUUAGGUCAUGGUGGUAGCGUAACCUGUGGUGGUUUCACUCCUGAUGGUAAAUUAAUUUGUACUGGGUCUGAUGAUGCGACCCUGAGGAUAUGGGAUCCAAAGAGUGCCCAAAGUAUCCAUGUGGUCAGAGGUCAUCCGUAUCACACGGAAGGACUGACUUGCUUGACAAUCAACUCGGAUUCUACUCUUGCUCUCACAGGCUCAAAGGAUGGUUCUGCUCACAUUGUGAAUAUAAUUACUGGAAAGGUUGUCACUUCUCUGAGUGCUCAUACAGAUUCGAUAGAAUGUGCCAGCUUUUCAGCAAGCGCUGCUUGGGCUGCAACAGGAGGCUUGGAUAAUAAGCUGAUCAUUUGGGACUUACCACAGUCCUUACCUCGCUCCACAUGUGAACAUCCGGACGGCGUGACGUUCUUAUUGUGGCUGGGGCAACAUAGAUAUGUGGCAACAGGUUGUGUUGAUGGGAAAGUGCGGAUAUGGGAUAGCCUUUCUGGAGAAUGUGUGAGGACCUUUAGCGGACACGCUGAUGCAAUUCAGUCCCUAGCUGCAUCGGCCAAUGGGGAGUACCUCAUUUCUGUCUCUAUCGAUGGAACAGCACGGGUAUUUGAGAUAGCAGAGUUCAACUAAGAAGAGACCCCCGUCUUUGUGUGUGUUGGUGAAGAGUUCAAAUAGUUACACUAUUGGCUUGUCCUUAUUUUCAGAUUUAAAUGUAGACUUGAUAUCUGAGGGCAGAAUUUGUUAGUGUCUUGACCACAUCGCUAUUAAAACAUAUAUGAACCACAUUGCAUUGUAGAUA